AUGGCGGCGUCGGCCCGCUGGGUGUUGUGCCUGUGCCUGGGAUGGGGCUGCCUGUGCCUGGCUCUGGGGGACGCGCUGCGGCCGCGCCGGGUCGGGCUCCGGCGCCGGGCUGCGCCGGGGACCGUGCGGGCCGGUCGCACCCGGGCGGCCGCAGGUGACGACGGCCCGGGACAGCGGCGGCCCGGGCGACCGCCGGCGGCGGACAGAGUGGCGGAGCACAUGCUGCGGCUCUACGAGCAGUACCGCGGCAGCCGGGACCCGCCGGCACCACCCGGGCCCUGGCUUCGCCGGGGCAACACGGUGCGCGGCUUCCGCCCGCUGCCGGCAGGGACCCUCGAAGGCCAGGAGAUGUACGUUUUUAACUUGACAUCACUCACAGAGUCUGAAAAUGUCUUGUCAGCUUCGGUGUAUUAUUAUAUUGGUGAUCUGCUGCAUGUGAAGUGGAACUGUUCCCAGUCCAGUGGCUGUUCUCAUCACAGGCACAGGAAACCUGAAAUUCAGAUACGUCUUUCAGUUUGGACCUUUCCUUCAGAAGGGAAUCCGACCCGGAGCUUGGGGCAUUUCCUUAUAAAUGUCUCCUCUGCUUACCAGGAUAUCCUUUCCUGGCAGUGGAAAGAUAUCACUCAGCUCCUGCAUGAAGCAAAGCAAAACAAUGAACUGCUGAUCAGUAUUAAAAUGGAUCUGACCAGCCAUCAUCCCUGGGAAAGAGCAUCUUCCUCCUAUGAACCCUACAUCCUGAUUUAUGCCAAUGAUUCUGCUAUUUCAGAGCCAGAGAGUGUUGUCUCUACUUUGCAAGGACACCGUCAGCCUCUGGCGAAGGUCCUUCCCAAGCCAGAAAGCCACACGAGGAGCAGUGUCAAUAAUCGCCGGAGAAAACGCUCUGCGAACGUCAUGUUGCCAUUGCAGAACAACGAGCUCCCAGGAGCCAAGUACCAGUACAGUGAGGAUGAGAGAUGGGAGGGCAGAAAACCCUACAAGGCCUUCCAGCCGCAGCUAGCAGACAGGGCCAAGAGUAAGAAAAAGCAGAAGAAGAAUCAUCUCCAGAAGACCCAGACUCUCCAGUUUGAUGAGCAAACUCUGAAGAAGGCGAGGAGGAAGCAGUGGAACAAGCCAAGGUAUUGCACCCGGCGCUAUCUCAAGGUGGAUUUUGCAGACAUUGGCUGGAGCGAGUGGAUUAUUUCCCCUAAGUCCUUUGAUGCCUAUUACUGCUCAGGAGAAUGCCAAUUCCCAAUUCCAAAGGCCAUGAAGCCAUCCAACCACGCCACCAUCCAGAGCAUUGUGAGAGCUGUUGGAGUUGUCCCUGGCAUUCCCGAGCCUUGCUGUGUUCCUGACAAAAUGUCUUCUCUUAGUAUCUUAUUCUUUGAUGAAAACAAAAAUGUGGUGCUGAAGGUGUACCCCAACAUGACAGUGGAGUCCUGUGCGUGCAAAUAACGCCUUGGGGGACCUUUGGCAAUGCCAGGGGGAUUUGGCAAUAGCCUGGGUGCCGAGUGCUGCCACUCCCUUGCUGUUUGGGGAAGGGGGGGGAGGCAGGAGUCUCAUCAUACCUACUUUGUGUUUGCACUGCCAAUGCAUUUCCUUUGGACAAAAAAGAGAAAAUGUAAAGAAAUACAAUCAAUGAGAAUGGGAACAGAAUGGAUUCCAAAUAGCGAUUCCAAGGAAAGUGAAUACUUUCAUUCAUCUGUGAUUUUGACUGAGACACAAGGCUUGGGAAUGGGAUCUGACUGUACCUGUUGAAAGUGAGAGGUGAAAGAAGAAUGCAGAUUUUUGAGACUGCCUAAAGGACAUAGUGAUCUAUUUUUGUACCAGAUUUUGGAAGCAGCACAAGCUGGUAAUUCUUAUCUCUGUUUUAAUGGUGACUAAUGGCAGGGGAGGUUAGAAAUGUAAUAGUCUUCAUUUUAAAGCUAAGUUUCUUGCCUUAGUCUCAGUACAGCAAGGUGGCAAACCAAAUCUGACAUCCUGAAAGCUGUAGAUAACCCUACUUGACCAUGCAUCUCCUUGGUACAAGGUUACGCACCUUGUAUGCGAGUUCCUUUUCACUGAUGUGUGCUCUGUAAUUCAGCUCUUUGGAGCUUGGCAGCCCUGGGCAGAAGAGCUCAAAACAGGGCUACUGAGUGCAUCACUGACUUCUGCUAUGGAAACUCAGCAGGCCAGGGGUAUGAAAAUAUCACGCUCAGUGAAGUGCCUGAAUGACUUGUUCACCACGUGUUCUAGAACAUACUUGCAAAUAAUCUGUGGGUUGUCUUCCUGCAAGGACACUGUAACCAGGUUGUGGAGUGGCCUCUUCCCCAGGUAACAAGCAACAGGACCAGAGGUCAUAACCUCCAGCAGCCAGGGGAGGUUCAGGCUGGACAUUAGGAAGAAUUUUUUCAUGGAAAAGAUGGUCAGGCAGUGGUAAGGGCUGCCCAGUGAGGUGGUGGAGUGGCCCUCCAUGGAGCUGUUCAGGAAAGGACUGGAUGGGGCACACAGUGCUCUGAUUUACCUAGCAAAGUGGUGAUCUGUUCUUCCAGGCUCUGAGGUCCCUGAACUCAUCAGCAGCAGAAUGUCCUUCCUGGGGCAGGACUGGUCCCAACGGUAGGCACCCUCAGCUGAGGAGAGGCUUUUGUGUUUGCGAUGGGUUGUUUAGUGGCUCCUUUUCCCUUGUAAAACCAGCAUUUUUAAAUGAUUUCUGGUGAAAGGCUUAUCUGUGUACAGACUGUCAAUUUUAAAAAAUUAAAAUCACCCCCAAAAGAAAAGUUAUUUUGUAUAUGGAAAGAAACUCUUACAGAUGCUUCUAAUUUAUUUUAUAUCUGUGGCCCUCCUAAUAUAUCCUUCUUUAUCUCAGCACUCUUUAAACCAUGCAGUUUUCUCUGUCAGGGCAAAGAUGAACUGCCAGGACUGUAGGGGAGCUCCAAAGGACAGGUGCAUCCAUAGUGUGAAGGGCAUGUUUUACAGCUGAUAGAUAAGCUUGUCUGAUCUGUAUUGUUUUCCUUCAGUAAUACAGACGUUCUGCUCGGAAC